AUGCCCAGCUCGCUUUUUGCAGACAUGGAGAGGAACGGGAGCGGCGGCGGCGGAGGAGGUGGUGGAGGGGGAGAGACCCUGGAUGACCAAAGAGCCCUUCAGAUAGCCCUGGAUCAGCUCUCCCUGCUGGGGCUGGAUAACGACGAGACGAACUCCAUCUACGACAACGAGCCUCGGAAAAAGAGCGUGAACAUGACAGAAUGCGUCCCGGUGCCCAGCUCCGAGCAUGUCGCUGAGAUAGUGGGGAGGCAAGGUUGUAAAAUCAAAGCUCUGCGGGCAAAGACCAACACCUACAUCAAGACCCCGGUUCGCGGGGAGGAGCCGCUCUUUGUUGUGACGGGCAGAAAGGAAGAUGUGGCCAUGGCCCGGAGGGAGAUCAUCUCGGCGGCCGAGCAUUUCUCCAUGAUCCGAGCCUCCAGGAACAAGAACACCGCUCUGAACGGCACCGUCCCGGGGCCCCCUAACCUGCCCGGCCAGACCACCAUCCAAGUGCGGGUGCCUUACCGGGUGGUGGGGCUGGUGGUGGGGCCCAAGGGGGCCACGAUCAAGCGCAUCCAGCAGCAGACGCACACUUACAUCGUGACCCCGAGCCGGGACAAGGAGCCGGUCUUCGAGGUGACGGGCAUGCCGGAGAACGUGGACCGCGCCCGGGAGGAGAUCGAGGCGCACAUCGCCAUGCGCACCGGGGGCAUCAUCGAGCUCACGGACGAGAACGACUUCCACGCCAACGGCACGGACGUGGGCUUCGAGCUGAACGGGCCGGGCAGCCUGUGGAGCAAGCCCACCCCGCCCAGCAUCACCCCCAGCCCGGGCCGCAAGCCCUUCUGCAGCUACCGCAACGACAGCUCCAGCUCGCUGGGCAGCGCCUCCACCGACUCCUACUUCGGGGGCGGCACCGGGGGCGGCAGCAGCAGCGCCCGGCUGGCCGACUAUAGCCCGCCCAGCCCGGCCCUCAGCUUCACCCACAACGGCAACAACAACAACAACAGCGUGUACGGCGGGGAGGCGCUCUCCUCCCCGGACUGCUGCGCCGAGCUGCCCUUCGACUCCCCGCCCGGCUUCGACCUGGCCCCCGCCCCGCCGCCCGGCGCCCCCCUGCUCUGGUCCCAGUUCGAGCGCGGCCCCGCCGCCACCACCACCACCCCGUCCUCGCCCGCCUUCCCGGCCGCGGCUCCCUCCAACGCCAACCUGGCGCUGCUGGUGAGCACGCAGAGGCGGGGCUGCGUGGCCCCGCCCCCGGCCCGGCUCUCCCCGCCCCUGCAUGGCAGCGGGGGCGUGGCGGAGCAUCCCCUGGCCCGGCGAGUGCGCAGCGACCCCGGCGGGGGAGGGGGGCGCUUGCUCUCCUCCGCUUCCUACCCUUUGUACGCCAACGGGCUGGGCUCGCACCUGCCGGGGCUCCCCUCCGACUCCUCGGCCUCCUCCUCCUCCUCGUCCAGCUCUUCCUCCAGCUCCUCGUGCUCUUCCUCCGGCAUGAGGAGGAAAGGCAGCCGCGACUGCUCCAUCUGCUUCGAGAGCGAAGUGAUCGCAGCCCUGGUCCCCUGCGGCCACAACCUCUUCUGCAUGGAGUGCGCGAACCGCAUCUGCGAGAAGACGGAGCCCCAGUGCCCCGUCUGCCACAGCGCAGUCACUCAGGCCAUCCGUAUAUUUUCCUAA